AUGGGGUCACUAAUUCCAGCACGUACCUGGAUACAUAAAAUGUUCGAAGAGACAGGUCCCUUGUGCUCUGCUAUUGCAGCUAUUAUCUGCGUGACUAAGCAGGCGCCUUGCAGGGAACAGCUGCUGGCUGCUUUCGCAAUUACCACGCAGAGACCCUUGCCUCGGGAUCCUCCCCCCAACCCAGUGUCGCCGUGGGUCCGUGGCCACCGGCCUCUUAAAAGGUGGGUGUGCUCGCGGCGCGUCACUCAGCUCGCCAUGUUCCGCCCGCUGGUGCUUCAGCUACUCUGCUCCUGUUUCGCGGGGCUCGUCCUGGCAGACUAUGGCUCCCCGCCCGCCUCCUGUACGCCGCACCACCACACCCUCACAAUCAUUAGCACCACCGUGCAAACCGACCUGCAGCAGGUGACGCAGGUCACAGCACAACACAGCCACGUCACAGCGUUCGUUACCAGUGUGGUGAUGAAGCCAACUACCGUCACCACCACAUCCACCCUCACUAAGUACCCACCGCCUCUGGUGCUCACACACACCUCCUUCAUCACCGACACGAUGGUGUUCACUACCUACGAGACGUCCUUGGCCACGUCGGUGGUGACUCACACCACUCACUUGCUGGCCAGUGCCGUGGUCGUGACAGAGGCGACGGUGACGCAGACGGCGGUGCAGCCCCAGUCCCUCACCCACACCAUCAGCGUGACCAACGUGGCGGCCACCUUCACCACUACUUUCGUUACCAACACCUUCACCGUCUUCGUCACCGAGACGUCGCUCGAGCCUUUCCUCGUGACGAAGACCACCACCAGCACGGUCUACCAGCCCUCCACCUUCACCACCACUGCUAUCACCACCACCACCGUCCACGCGACCACCACCAUCACCGACCAUCAAUACGUUACCAAGUGUUACCAGCCUAAGGUCACCUAUGGACACUGAGGUUCCGCCGACUUUGCCAUGACGACUACGAUGGUUUAUAUGUAAU